AUUCUAUUAACACAAUUUCUCUCCAGUUAGUAUUUUGUGUGUAAACUGGAUUUAAUGGUUGAGUGGUGAUAGUGACAGAAGUGAAGUAAGCAAGAUGGUGAUUCAAAAGGGGAAGCCUGGCACUAAAGGCCAGAAGCAGAUCAUGCAGGAGAACACAGACACCCUCAACUUCUACCGGAACAUGAUUCUAGGUGCAGCUGGCAUUUACUUUGGUGUGGGGAUGAUCUGCUUUAAAAGCUUUCCACCACUGGAUUUGACAUUGUUGUUCUUUGCGGGAGUUGUGUUCACCUGUUGUUACCGCUUCAUGGCAAGUAUGGCCAAACCUAAGGUAGCUGCUGAUGGAUCCAUUCUAGAUGAAGGCUGUGACCUCAACAUUGAGGGCGGAAUAGCCGAACAUGUGAAGGACUUGGUGAUCCUAACCUCUGGUACAGUGGUGCUCGGGACUAUCUCCUCAUACUUCUGGCUCCUGUGGCUGCUGGCCCCUUGCCGUGGAGCACAGAUGCUGUGGACCAACAUUUUGGGUCCCUGGUUCUUCCAAGAAGCUCCAGAAGAACCCGAGGAAAAGGUAGUGGAUAAGAAGCAGCGAAAGAUGGAACGGAGAAUGAAAUACCGUUAGUAGGGUUAAGGUUGUGUUAUACAUCAGACACUGAAUGCCCGUGGGUAUGGCGAAUGGUCACAGUGAGCAAUUCCUUGUCAGUUCUUGUUGUGAAUAAGUUAAAUUUCUCUGUCACAUAUACACACUUUUAUUCUUUUCAGAUUGUUGUUAUUCCUGAUAAAUAAUAUUGUUACCUGUGUUGAGAUCAGAAGUACAAGACAUUAACACUGAGGUUUUACUGUGUUAAGUUUUAAUCGUGCUGUUAUUAUUUCUUAGAUAUAUAAGUAGUAUUAAUAAAAAAGGAGUAAUUAACUUUAUAGAUCACAGACCCCGUUGUUGAACUUUUAUUAGCAGUCUUCUAAAUACUGCAAGUUUUUGCUGUUCACCUUUGCAGUGCUUCUUAUGGGUUUUAGUUAGUAUGUACUGUAUAGCCAAGCUGAGAUAGACCUGAUUUGACAAACUAGAUCUUUAAGAGCAAUAAUCUCUAGCAUUCCUGAGAGGUAGCUAAGUACAGUACUGUAUAUAAGAAUAUAAACUAGAGAAAAUUAAAACGACAUCUUCACCUUACUAUGUGAAGCUAGUAAUUUUUUUUUUUAAUUUAUUGUGUAAAAAUGUAGUGGUGCAUAACAUGGAAAGUGGAUGUCAUAUACUUGUCUGUGCAGCACUGGGAGUUAUCUUGGAUCAUUUUGCAAACUGUGCUCAAUGUAGUCUACAUGAACAAGUAGUUUCUUUGUAGUAAUUACUUCUGGUUUAGUAUACACAGUGGAAGUUUUGAGAAAAGACACUUUUUUCAUCGAUUGCAUACAUGUGCUUAGUAUGCUUAGUGAUUCACCACUUUAAGAAAUGUUUAAGUAAGCUUACAUGCAGACUGCUUCAACUGAUUAUUUAGGCAUUGGUGUCUCAUCUGUUGUGGUUGAACCAUUCAAUGUGGACGUGUCAUUUAUGGACCCAAAACCUAUUAUGUGUCAACAUUGCCUCAUUGUGAGUACUGUAUAUACACUUGAAAUGCAGUCCAGCUGCAUUGAAAUAUUUGGAAUAAGGCUGGAUUGGUUCCCAUUCAGGUCAGAUUGUAUCAUUGUAUAGUUGCAGAAAUGUGUUCCUACACCCUUUGUGGUAAUCUGUCUCUCCAAACUGCCAACCUAUAUGACCUGUAGCCACCCUAUCCACCAAUCACAUCCGUUAACGUUCAUCGUUACAUGACCGAUGCCCAUUCUUUCUUAAAUAGUGAUACUACUACUGCGACGUUGCCACUUGGAGACUCAGGUUACCACAUGGGGUGUAGGAACACAUUUCCGCAACUGUGCCUGAAGGCAGUUAAAUGUUUAGAAGAUAACUUCUCAAAGUCCAACAAUGUAGUCUACAAAGUUGAUCAUAUCAUGUUGUAGUUGUAAUAAUUUAUUUGUAUGGAUAGGGUGGAUAAUAAUUAGAGACAGAGUGUGGGAUAUGUACUUUCCUUUAUGCAACCUUUGGCUUAUUUUACAUAAUAUUUUCAUAAAUGUGGUAACUGCUCACCUUGUACUUAAAAUGUGUAAUGCAUACACUGAUGGACCCAGUGAUUUAAUGUACUACCUAACAUAAAACUUUGCCUUUCUAGGACUACAGUAUCAACAGAAAGCUUUAUUUGUUUAGCAAUAUCUAAUUGGUUUGAAUCCUGCUUCUGUGAGAACUAUGAAUAACAGUGGCUUGUUUGUUGCUUGGUGUCAUCAUUUUCAUUGGUUCCAUACAUGUGUUGGUGUGUUAAGUAAUUAAUGUUGUUCUUGAUAAUGCUAAGGUGUGUUCAGCCUACAGAAGUCUUCAUAAAGUCUUUCAAGCAUUGCCAUUUGAUCUCAGUACUCAAAUCUGAGAGGACUUGAAGUGUCAAAGAGGAUAUUGUAUGUAUAGAGCUCUAAGCUUUAAGUGUUUUUAUACAGCUUAUUAAAUAUAAAUUAUUUGGUUUGUA